AUGGGAAAACAUGUAAAGUCUAAUAACAGUAACCCUGAAGACAAUCUAAAAAAAUUUUUGGGAGAGCAUAUACAAUUUUUACAAAGAGACAAAAAGCGUGUCGAAAAGUUUUUUAGAAAAAAUGGAAUUCAGAGUGAAGAUUUAAAAGAAAAAUUAAACAAACUACAGAAAAUAAUCGAUGAAAGAGAAUCGCUCAAGGAUCAAAUAAGCAAAUUUCAAAUAACAACAGAAAAGAGUAAGAAGUUGAUAAGAAAGUUGCGUAUUGAAAAACAGAAGCUUUCGAUUUGGAUUCAACAAUUAAAAAGUAAAAAUGAUGACCUUAAACUUCAAAUUGAUAGUCUUAAACAAGAUCUUCAGUAUCAAUCAAUGCUUAAUGAUAGAAGAAUAGAGAAUCUCCAAUGUGAUAUAAAUAUAUUAGAGAGUCGUGAAGAAAUUUUUAUGGAGGAAUUACAAGGAAGAG